AUGCAAAAACCUGAUGAAAGUCAAGAGAUAACUGAAGAGGCAACAGAAGAACCAUCUAUAGAUAACGAGGACUAUUUAGAAGUGGAUGAUAUUCGUUAUAACCCAAACCAUCGAAAGAAGUCAAAGUUUGAAAAUAUGAUACCAGAUGACAGUGCAGAAAUCGAUGAGAAGCAAGAUUCUAGCCGUGAAAAUGAAGAUCAUGACAUUGGUUCAGUAUAUGGUGACGAGGAUCAUUUCGUUGGAGAUAGCAAGUUA